AUGACUUACGAUGGUAAAUAUGCAUACAGGUCUGUCUGUGACGAACUACGUCUAACGAGGAAACUUAGCGACGCGGUCAUCAGGGUUGAAAAUGCUGAAUUUCACAUUCACAAAAUUAUUUUUUGUAAGUGCAGUCAAUACUUCAGAGCCCUCUUUCUACGUUGGUCAACUCCAGAACAGAGGGUCUACGUCAUACAUGGUCUGACAGCUCAGUUGAUGCAACUAUUUGUGGAUUUCGCAUACACCGGCUCUGUGUUGGUGACAAAAGACAAUGUAAAGGAUUUGUUGCUGGCCGCAGACCGGUUCAACAUAACGGGCAUUGUCCAUAUAUGCUGCGCAUUUCUAACUGAGCAGCUCUGCCCAGAAAACUGCAUUGGCAUCUGGCAGUUCACGAGGAACUGCCACACCCCGGAUCUGCAGCGAAGUGCCUACCAGUAUAUUCUCUACCACUUUGAGGACGUCGCACAAACAAACGAAUUGCAGCAACUCUCCGUGCAGGAUUUGUGUGACAUCCUGGACCGGGAUGACCUUAUGGUAAAAAAGGAAAAUACUGUAUAUGAGGCCAUUCUGCACUGGAUCGCACGUGCACCUUGGGAGCGAGACGAAAACAUGGCAGUGCUGCUGGCCAAAGUCCGUCUCGCUUUAACAAGUGUGGAGUUCAUCGCCAUCAAGGUGAUGACCAAUCAGAUGAUCCAGGACAGCAGGAAGUGCCUGAACAUUGUCGCCUUGGCCACCCGUGUCAUGUGCCACAUGGUCACAAACUCGGUGUGCGGCUAUCGCAACCUGGUGGCCCGUCCUCGCCUGCCUUCCGCCAUCCUGCUGGCCAUCGGUGGAUUCAGUGGCCCAAACCCGACACACCUCAUCGAGGCAUACGACGUGCACGCCAACACUUGGGCUGGGCUGGUAGACAACAUGGAUCAACCGCACGCUUACUUCGGCACCGCAUUCCUGGGCAACUCUGUCUACUGCGUGGGUGGAUUUGACGGCAGGAGGCACUACAACACCGUCAGGCGCUUUGAUGUGAACACCCGUACCUGGCACCAGGUGGCGCCCAUGCAUUUUCGUCGGUGCUCUGUGAGCGUCACGGUGCUAAAUGGCCGCAUGUAUGCCAUCGGGGGAGUUGACGGACGGAUAAGAUUAAAGAAUGCAGAGUACUACACGCCCGAGACCAACCAGUGGACUCUUAUCGCAAGUAUGCAUGAGCACAGAAGCGACGCCAGCUGCACCACCCUCAACAACAAGAUUUACAUUUGUGGCGGUUUUAACGGAAACGAGCCCUUACGAACGGCGGAGUAUUACAAUCCGGAGACCAACCACUGGACCAUGAUUGUCCCUAUGAACUGCUGUCGCAGUGGCACCGGAGUCAUUGCGUAUGCCAACCACGUUUAUGCUAUUGGCGGUUUUGAUGGCGACAUUCGUCUGUGCAGUGUGGAGGCCUACGACCCCGUCACGGAUGCCUGGAUGCUCUUACCCUCAAUGCAGUGUCCGCGCAGCAACUUCGGCAUCCAAGUGGUAGAGGACCGCCUUUUCGUGGCUGGGGGCAACACGGGCGUGUCGGCCACCAGCAUGGUCGAGUACUACGACGCCCACUCAGCCAUGUGGUUCCCUGCGUGUGAUAUGGCUGUCUCUCGCAGCGCGCUCAGUUGCUGCGUUGUGUCCGGCUUGGCCAACGUUGGGCAUUUUGUCACACUGCGCAGCGAGCUUCCUUGGCUUCACUUGGAGGAAGUGGACCUGGAAAUGGAAGAUGUAUUUUGAAUAUUGACAUUAAAAGGAAUUGAAUAAAAGUCCACCAGAGCAAACAAUUUGCAUAAUUAUUGUGUAUGCUAAGUUAGCUAGCCAGCUUCUCUGCUAGCAACUCUUCUGCCUUCCACGGUUUUUAUUCAACUUAACUCUUCCACAGUUACCAUUAUCACUAAACGAAAAGAGGAAAGAACAUACGUGGUAACAGUGUGCUAAUUUAGCCAGCUUCUCCGCUAGCAACUCUCCUGUCUCUGUCCUGAGCCAUAUGGUUUCCUGAUUUUGCAGACUUCCACGGCACUACCCUGUUUGUGUUUAUAACAACAAGAGGAAACAUACUUUCGGUGCUUUACUAACUUAGCAGUCUAAUCCACUGGAAACUCUUCUGCCAACAUCCUUGAAAAAGCAGCUCCACUAGCAGCUUAUCUUUGUCCAUUGUGUUUUUAUGGUACUUAAAACUGCUACGGUGUUACCAGUAAAUCUUUAUGACUAGAGUAAAUGACGCAUGAUUGCUUUGUAUGGCGGCACGGUGGACGACUGGUUAACACAUCUGCCUCACAGUUCUGACGACCCGGGUUGAAAUCGCCUUGCCUGUGUGGAGUUUACAUGUUCUCCCCGUGUCUGCGUGGGUUUUCUCUGGGUACUCCGGUUUCCUCACACAUACCAAAAACAUGUAUGGUAGGUUAAUUGAAAACUCUAAAUUGCCCGUCGGUGUGAAUCUGAGUGCGACAGGCUGUUUGUUUCUAUGUGCCCUGCGAUUCCUCAGCCUUCCUCAUGUUUACGAUGUCCUGACCGCUCUUACACAGUGCUACCAUUACGUCUAUAUAUAAAGGACCAGAGAAAACAACACUACUAUGCGACGGCCGUCGAACUUAGCUUCACCGCUAGCAACGCUUCUACCUCUGUCCACAUGGUGGUGUGUUUUUCUGCUUUUUAAAACUCUCGCAAUGCCACCAGUGUGUCGCUGUAAUAACUGAAAGGAACAAGACGUGAUCGUUGUGUAUGCUACAUUACCAGACUGGUAGCUUCUUUGCUAGCAAUUCUUUUGCUUUCCAUAUGGUGUAUUUUCCUCCUAAACACUCAUCCAGAGUGUGUUUUAAUGCUUUUGUACACAAAUGCAAGCUGUUCUGCUAGCAACGUUUCUGCCUUCCACAUGCUGUAUUUUCAUAAACUCCUUUACUACCUGUCCGUCUAAAAUGACCCAGGGAAAACCACAGGCUUGAUUAUCGCAGUACUCGUCACUUUAAACCGCAUACACUCCUUGAAGUCUCAGUGCCCUUUGCACAAUGGUCAUUGCACCGGACUAUUGCGAUAUUAGCCAUUCGAACUGAGGACUCUGCAUCUUUUUGCACAAUUGUUGUUUGUUGUUGUUUUUUGUCAAUGUCUUUAUGUCUCCAAAGUGUUCUGUAAAUUGACUGUCUGUUGUACUAGAGCGGCUCCAACUACCGGAGACAAAUUCCUUGUGUGUUUUGGACAUACUUGGCAAAUAAAGAUGAUUCUGAUUCUG